AUGACUUCCCAAAAUUCCUCAAACAGUAGGAAGAGCGGAUCCAGCUCUCAGAAUAUUCACAAUCAAUCGAAUUUGACAUUAUCCCGCACACCGCAACCUUACCAUCGACGCAGCGGGAGCCUGAGCAUAAGAAAAUCCGAGAGCAGUGACAAUGGCUCAGAAAAGAGCAGCAGGAACACAUCCCCGCCUGUCAGCCGCUCCGAUUCCAGCGAGAGCGGAACAGAGGCAGAUGAUGAGAAAGGCCCAUUUCUCAAGGGCCUACCAGCUCCGCCGCUGCGUGCCCAUAAAGGCCUUCGAGGGACUUCACCGGCUGAGCUGACACCCAUCCCCAGUCCGCCGUCGACUCCCCCCGCCUAUGUUCAGACGGAUGGCUAUGAAUACUUCAAGAAAGAUCGCAAAUUGGAUAAAACAUCGCAGCGUACGCUGGAACAGAACAAGGAAUACGAGACGUACAAGAGGCGGAAGCGGAAAGAAAUCGUCAGGAGAUGCACAGAAUUCUCGUUACUUUGGAGCAUCGGCGCCAUCGUCUGGACGAGCAGAGGUGGAUCGAUGGCUUUUGUGGACUGGCUGAAUGAGCUCGUUUCAUUUCUCAUUAUCCCGCCUUGUGUCUACCUUCUUCACCCUGUUCGACUGGCUAUCCGCGCUCAAACUCGAGGCCGAACCCUGAUACAAUCCCUUCAAUUGGGAUUCCAUGUACCCUCUCGAUUCGACCCAGGUCCCCUGUUAUACCCUGUCGUACUCCCGCUCUGGAUUGCAAUCUCACUCUUCAAUCGUACGUCUGCGUUCUUACCCUCCGCAAUUGUGUGCGGGAUAUCAUCUAUUCCGUCUUCGAUCAUGGCCACCUCGAAGAUCCCUCCAGUGGGCCACCACCUGCAUUGGAUCAUCUCUAUAGUGCCAUUGCAUGCCUCGCGAUUGCCAUUCCUGCAUUCACUAGCUACUAGGCCGCUAUCUAUCAAGCUCAGUCAUGGCGGCUCUCUGACAUUGGAGGAUUUAGUCAUGCUUUUCCCGCUACAUCAGACUCUCUUAAAUGUAUUGGGCUACCUGACUACGUCGAGCCUUGACAUCUCCGAACUCCACCUCCUCUCUACAGGCCUUAUCAGCCUUCUGCUUUUUGCUGGGUCUCCUCAGAUGGAGAUUCUCAAAGCUCUAAUCUGGGUUGGAGGACUGUGCAUUUUUGUGUCUUGCAAACGACUCCUCAUCUGGGAGGUCGCUCUCGCUCGUGUACCAUCCUGGAAGUUGCUUCGAAAACGAAAGCAUCUAGGCCUACUCGACCGGUUGGAUCAGACCAUUUGUUCAAUUCUUACAAGAAGUAAAUCUCAACCAGAACGACACGAUUCCUCUGACAGCGAGGAUGAUAUUCACAUUAACCGCCUGCGGUCUGUCAAAAGACCCCAUUUAAAGCUGCGAAUGAAUGGCAAGUCGCCAACCAUGCCCCCCGAUCAGCCGACUUCCGCAUUCGAGGUACCAAAAAUCCAAACAUUCGCAAACGACUUGCCGGCGUUCUCGAUGCCCUUUCGACGAAACACAUUCACGGGAUUCGACAAGAAGCGUAAAAAGGGAACCCCUCCCAUGGCUAAAAGAACAAGAGUGACACCCAGUUUUCUAUCAUCUUCAUUUCUCUUACUCAGUGUCGAACAGGCCAAAGCGCGGAAGUGGGCGUAUGCGGGAGCGGUGUACUUGUUUGUUGCUGCCACUGUUCUUGGACCAGUCCGGAAGUAUGUGAGCAAACGUGCUCUACGAUCAAAUGAACCCUUUGGAUGGGCUCUUGGAUACCUAUUUGGCAACAUACCCGAGUUUCGCUUCUUUGUUGUCAGCAAUCAUCUUGAACGAUGGAUCUGUCUUCCCGCUCGAGUAGUAGCCUCAGAACCAGAAAUGACUUUCUCCAUUGAGAAUCUUCGACAAAAUGUCGUCGGGCCAGCAAAUAUGCGUCUUUUAAUCUGCGUAUAUUGCGCUACUGUAUUAAUAGCGGGGAUUUGUGCCGUUUUACGGUUGACUGCAGUUGUCGAAGUUGACACCAGACGCAAGGUCUUUCAUGGGAUUAUGGUGGCGAUGUUACUACCCUCCAUUUUUAUCGACCCGUGUUUCAUUGCGCUAGCUCUCGGCCUGAUUCUGGCUGUGUUUCUACUUCUUGACCUCUUCCGGGCCUCGCAACUCCCACCGAUAUCGAAACCCUUGACGAGAUUUCUGGCACCCUAUGUGGAUGGCCGGGACCACCGAGGCCCUAUCAUUGUGUCACAUAUUUUUUUGCUCAUUGGUUGUGCGAUCCCGCUUUGGCUUUCACUCGCAGCGGCACCGCGUACUGGGAUGGAGCCAUGGAUUGGGUGGGAUACAACAACACGAGACUUGAGUAUGGUCAGCGGCGUCAUCUGUGUUGGAAUGGGCGACGCUGCAGCCAGCUUGAUUGGUAGGCGUUAUGGAAAGACAAAAUGGUAUUGGGCAGGUGGCAAGAGCUUGGAAGGGAGCCUUGCCUUUGCAUUUGCAGUAACUUGUGGACUAAUAGUUUGUUGGAGCUGGCUAAGGCUAGGUGGAUGGAUUCCCAGGCAGGAUGAUUCAUUUGCCUGGGCAUUAGCGAAAAGUAGUGUUGCUGGUUUGGGCGCGAGUCUUCUGGAGAGCACGUUGACCGCUGCCAACGAUAAUGUGGUGGUUCCUAUCGGAUUAUGGCUUCUAGUCCGGGGCCUGGAAAUAUGA